UCAUUUUAUUCUGGAGUAAUACUUUAAUUGAGUUACUAAAUAUAAAUUUAUUGAUAGCUAAAUGGGUCAACUCGUGGGUCGUAUGCCCAAAACUUGGGAAGACUUAAUGGAGGAACGUGAUCGUGUGUUGCACUGGAGUUGUGAAAUUCUGGCUCGCGUCGACGACAAUAUAAACAAUGAGGAGACCUUUCUGAUGGAUUACGAUAAUAAGAGAAUCAAUGAGAAGGUCAAUCAGUGGAUUUCAGAGCACAGGAUACAACGGGACACGAUUCUCAAGGAAUUCAUUGAGACAAGUCCUGUUUAUAGGGAGAAAAUUAAUCGGGGAGUGAUCAAGAUUUCAAAUGAAGUGAGAGACAAAAUGCGAAGGGAGUACAGUGAGUCGUACAAGGACAUAAGGAAAUUCACGAGGCGUGUGGAUUUGCUUGGUGAGAUGCAGCGAAAGAUACACAGAGAAAUAUUGAUGUUGGAGAAUUCUUGCAAAGAUAAUCCCAAGAAAUUGGCAAGAAAACUUGCACAACUGAGAACCUGGGUAUUCAACAAUCUCGAGACUAGUGAGAAAAUUAUCUUCGUCGAGAAGAGACUAUUUGAUAGUUUUAGAAAGAAAGCUUACGUCAUUGAUCGUAAAUAUAGGGAGGAGUGUUAUAAGCUGUUGGAGAAAUUAAUUCGGAAAUUUUAGAUGCAAAUAAACGGAGGUGUUCUGUUUUGGCCUGUUGGAAUUUUUUUCAUGAUGGCUACGAGCGGUGCUUGUGCUUAAUUUAUAUGAAUAAAAAUGAAUAAAAUAAUUUUAAAAUAUCCUCUUUUCAAAGUCCAUGAUAAUUUCAAUAUAUGCCAUUGUUUUUCAAAAAUAUUCAUCAAAAAUCAAUGUGAUAGGUGAUAGGAUUAAAUAACGA